GAAUGAAUGGGGAUGCACCCCGUAACGUGAACACACCGCUGCCCGCGGAGAGUUGCCCCUUUCAAGGCCAGGCCGUGCUGCGGCCCUGCCCGCGGCCGCCGCGAUCGCGCCGGGGGUCGCGUCCCGCCCGUCGGUGCCGCCCCGUCCUCACGCCUCCGGCGACCUCCCACCGCCAGGGGGCGCGCGUCACCUCAGCGAAGGCGCGCCGCGCUCUCUCUCCUCUCCGGCCAAUCAGCGCGCAGCGUUUCGGCGGGAAGGCGGAAGGCGGAAGUGGCGCUCCCGGGGGCGCGGCCAUGGCGGAGGCGCGGCCGCUGCGGCUGCUGGCGCUGCACGGGUACCGGCAGAGCGCCCGCCGCCUCCGCCAGCGCACCGGCGCGCUCCGCAAGGCCCUGCGCGGCCGCGCCGAGCUGGUGGCCAUCGACGCGCCGCACCCCUUGCCCGCCGGCGCCGAGGACGACCCCGACGGGGACGAUCCCCCCCGCGGCUGGUGGUUCUCUGGGCCCGGCACGUUCGAGGCGGGGGAAGCGGCGGCAGCUCCGGUGGGGCUGGAGGAGUCUCUGUCCGCCGUGGCGGCGGCGCUGGCGGAGCACGGGCCCUUCGACGGGCUGCUGGGCUUCAGCCAGGGCGCGGCGCUGGCCGCUAUGGUGUGCGCCCUGCGGGCCCGCGGCGACCCGCGCUUCCCGGUGGCCUUCGCCGUGCUGGUGGCCGGGUUCGCCAGCCGCGCCCCGGCACACGGACACUUCUACCGGGAGCCCAUCGCCCUGCCCACGCUGCACAUCGUGGGGGACACCGACGCCGUCAUCGCGGCACCCCUCAGCAGGGAGCUGGCGCAGUGCUUCGUGGAGCCGGUUGUCCUCACGCACCCCGGCGGGCACUUCAUCCCCGCGGCUGCGGCGCAGAAGAAAGCCUACCUGGAAUUCUUGGAACGGUUCUGCCCCGCGCAGCGCCAGGCUGAGCGCGCAGGGGCUGGGGAGGUUUGAGAACGGGCUCUGUAAUAAAAAGGGGUCUGGUGAGCCAGGUGCAGCCACCCGUCCUGUGAAGCAUCACUGUUUCCAUGCCUCCAGAGGGAUCAGAGAACAGCUCGCUGCACACUCUGCUCUUCAGUGUACACCCAGGCCAGGCUAAAUGGUUCUUUUUCCCCUUUCUUUUUCAGCUUUGUUGUAUACAUGAGUAUAUAAUACAGAUAUAUAUAUAAAA